AUGGGAAACGUUGCUUCAAAGAGAAGAAAGAGUGCAAGACCAAGUGUAGUACGCGCAGACAUACCUGACAAUGAGAUUUCAACAGCAACCGCUACUUCUGUUAACUCUAUCUUGGUUAAUUCCAAACAGCAACAACAGCAACAACAACAACCACAGAAAUCACCACCACAGCAACAGCAACAGCAACACCCAAAUAGCAUAGAGACCAAUGACGUGAAUGAGCAACAGACAGUACACAGUUCAAACCAGCUCACAUUCAACUCACAAAACCAGUUAACUGCAACUUCAAUAAGGUCUAUUGGUUGGAAUCUUGAUAUUGAUGAAUGUAUCAACCGCCUAUUGGAUGUUGGUACUAAGAAUAAAGUGACCAAAUCGACAUGCUUUAGAAAUUCAGAAAUAAUGGCUAUUUGUAGAGCAGCUCAACAAGUAUUUCUUAGUCAACCUAGUCUAAUAGAAUUAAAUCCACCUGUCAAAAUAUUAGGUGAUAUUCAUGGACAAUAUCAUGAUCUGAUUCGAUUAUUUGAAAUGAGCGGAUUCCCUCCUGAUGCAAAUUAUCUAUUUUUGGGAGAUUAUGUCGAUAGAGGAAAACAAAGCCUAGAAACGAUCCUACUGCUAUUUUGUUACAAGAUCAAAUACCCAGAAAAUUUCUUUUUACUACGUGGUAAUCACGAGUGCGCCAAUGUGACAAGAGUAUAUGGAUUUUAUGAUGAAUGUAAACGACGUACAAACACAAAAGUAUGGAAAACCUUUGUCGACGUAUUCAACACAUUACCUAUCGCAGCACUUGUUGCAGGGAAAAUAUUCUGUGUUCAUGGUGGUCUCAGUCCGUCAUUACACUCAAUGGAUGAUGUGAGAAAUAUCAUGAGACCGACCGAUGUGCCAGAGUAUGGUCUACUCAACGACUUGCUCUGGUCUGAUCCAUCAGACACAGCAAUUGAGUGGGAGGAUAACGAGCGAGGUGUGUCUUAUUGCUUUGGCAAGAAAAUCGUCAAUGAGUUUUUGGCAAAGCAUGAUUUGGAUCUCGUCUGCAGGGCUCACAUGGUAGUCGAGGAUGGAUACCAGUUUUUUAAUGAACGGACACUAGUCACUGUCUUUAGUGCUCCCAAUUAUUGUGGAGAGUUUGAUAAUUUUGGUGCUAUUAUGAGCAUUAAUGAAGAGCUUUUAUGUAGUUUUGAACUCCUCACGCCACUUGAACAUCCUUCAGCGGCAAAGAUUCAAGAGGCCCAGAGAAAUAAGGGGCGACGACCAAGUCCUCCAAUGAUUGUCACUUCGUCUGUUGCAGAAGAAAGCUCAUAA